AUCAUUGCCGCGUCCGUGACUUUGAUCAGUAGCUAGUCUAGUGAAGAUGGCCGAAAACAAUGGCAGUGAUUAUUGAGCUAACUUUGCGUUCUCCUGGCACUUGUCAACAAAGAAGUUAUCUUUAAUAAAAAAGCAUAUAACAUAGGCACAAGGAUAUAUUAUGGCAACUGCUAUUCAAAAGAAUGGCAUGAAACCUUUAACAAACACAUCAAUAAAUCACGUAGAGGAUGUAAAGAAUUUAGACAAUACCAACAUAUGUAAAGAAGAAAAAGAUGAGAGGAUAUUUGAUGGACAGAUCCAACCUUACAUGGAGCCUCAUGAACAAGAACCUCGUGAAUUGGAUAUCGUUAUCAAUAAUGUAGUUUGCAGCUUCAGCGUUAGGUGUCAUUUAAAUUUACGAGAAAUUGCGCUAAAUGGAUCUAAUGUGGAAUAUAGAAGAGAGAAUGGGAUGAUUACUAUGAAACUAAGGAGACCAUAUACUACUGCUUCUAUAUGGUCUUCUGGCAAGGUAACGUGUACCGGUGCAACUAGUGAAGUUCAAGCAAAGAUAGCAGCUCGCCGCUUUGCUCGUUCACUUCAGAAGCUUGGAUUUAAAGUACGAUUUAACAAUUAUAGAGUGGUUAAUGUACUGGGUACAUGCUGUAUGCCAUUUGCAAUCAAGAUAACAUCAUUUUCAUCAUGUCAUAAAGAAAAUGCAGAUUAUGAGCCAGAAUUACAUCCUGGUGUCACAUACAAACUAAAAGAACCAAAAGCUACAUUGAAAAUAUUUUCUACUGGAAGUGUCACUGUAACAGCUCCCAAUGUUGCCGCUGUCCAAGCUGCAAUUGAAUAUAUUUAUCCACUAGUCUACGAAUUUCGUAAGGAGAGAACGACAGAAGAUGAACUUGCCCUAACAACGAAGAAGCGUAGAAUGGGGCUAAGAAAAAGAAGUCGUGAUGAGUUCCUACAUGAUCAAGAUUAUAUAUAUGAUACCAUGUUCUCUGACGAGGAGGAGGAAGAAGAAGAGGGUGAGAGUGACGCCAGUUGGGACUGAGCUGUUUAUUUUGCUGCUCCUCUGUUAAUUGUGAAACUGUUAUACUUCUUACAUCUUGUUCUACAAGGAAAAGAAAAGAAAAAAAAAAAAUAGAUACAUACUGCUUUGUGUACAAAAGUGUUAUCUAGAGAGUGAAGUGAAGUAUUCUAUUUCCCUUAGUGAAAAGACAAUGUGUGAGUGCUAGAGACAAAUAUGCACAUGCAAGUGCUUUAAUUAUGAUUAUACUAAUAUUGAAUCAACUGAACUGAAUUUCAUCAUCGUAACGAUAUCGUCAUAAUUUACUUUCAUUAAUGAUACACAUACGUACAUAGAUACAUUCUUAUAUAUAUCAUACAUACAUAUAUAUAUAUAUGUAUAUAUAUAUACAUAUACACAUACACACACAUAUGUAUAUAAUAUGCAUAUCGUGUGUAUUGUAUGUGUGUGUGUGUGUGCGCGUGUGCGUGUGUGUGUAUAUAUAUAGAUAUAUAGAUAUAUAUAUAUAAAUGUCAGACAUAAAAACAAUGUAUGCAUAUUCAUUGUGUUUAGCAAACAAUAUCUCAACACUUGUUCAAUCUUUUCUGUUUUCCAUCUUUUCCUUUCAUUUUUGUUCUUCUGAUAGAAUUUGCUACAUUUAAGUAAUUAGAAGUAAUUCUAAAGAGAACUUGUUUGUAACCAUGCUACUCUAUAAUUUAAAUAAUGAAUCGAUUCAUGUUUAUUUAGUUUUUCAUUAUAUAAUGACAGAUUAUAUGCUGAACUUUUGUAGCGAUGGAAAGUGUACACAUUUUUGCUGUUUUAUUAUUCUUUUUUUCUACUUAUAUAUAUAUAUAUAUAUAAUCUAUUUCUGCUUAAUUAACAUAUUGUGCCAAAGAUGGAUGUCUAAAAUUUGAGAUAAAGUGAUCAAAGGACAUCUAAGAAGCUAAAAAUUUUGUUUAGUAUCACAAUUUACUUUUCUACUACAAUGACAUAUUAUACUACAUUUGAGGAUAUUUCUAUACAAAUGACAUUUUUGUUAGUAUAAUAACAGAGAGUCGAUCUAAUUUAAUUUGAUUUUAAAAGUCUUUUAAUGGAAACUUUUUUCGUUUUCUGUUAAAUAAGUUAAAAAAGCUGCAGUACGGGAAAAAUUUGUUUUAAGCGUCUGUAUGGUUACUCUAUAUGGCUAUGGGCUGUGUUAACACCAUUAACAGUUGCAACAAAAAAAAAAAAAAAAAAAAAAAAGAAAAAAAAAGAAGAAGAAAAAAAAAGACGCUAUGUAAAAUGAUUAUUAUCUUCUAUUAAUUGUAUAAAAAUUACGCAGGCCUGAUAGCAGUGUUUUAAUAUUGGGCUUCAUUAUUUAUGCUUACAUCGAUAUACAGAUUAGUCCCAAGCCUGGAUAUUAGUUUAAAAUAACUUGUCAAUCCUCCCUUCUUGGUUGUUAUGGAACGUACUUGAAAAGUGAAACAAGAGAUCAUAACAUCAGUGAAGUGUCUCAUUUUACCUUUUGAGAAUCGCAACAAAAAUUUAAAGAAUAGAACAGAUUACGAUAACAUAUUACUCAUCGUUUCUAAUAUCUAUUACCAACGUGUAAGAUCUUGUUCAUUUAUUUAUUUAUCACUUGCAGUAUCCUCAUGACGAUAAGCGUAUUUGAAUUAUGUCGUUAUCAUUUAAUUUUAAUUAGUUAGUUAUUGUCAUAUAUCAUAGUUUGAGGAAUGAUAAAUGUUAUGUUUUACAAAAUAUUCAAAAAUACGAGUCUAAUACAUCUUAAAUACGAGAAGCUUGACUGACGCAAGGCUAUUUUUAAAUUCUGUUUGGUAAUAAAACCUAGGAAUAGAUAACAUACAAAAUUUGUUAUAAUUGUAUGGUGUACUUUAACGAAAACAAAAACAUUCUCUGACAACAUUACUAUCAUUUAAAAGUAGACGUAUGGACUUUAAAUAAGACAUAGUGUAAAUAAAUCAAGUUAUCCAGAUAUACUAAUAUGCAAUUAGUUGUAUACUUUCUGAAUAUUAUAAAACAACAUGCAUACCUUACACCUGUUACUAAUUAUAUACAUUCUUGAUGAUCCUUUUUCAUAUCAUAAGUACGCGUGAAUGAAGAAAAACAUUGGCAAUACCUUUCAAUACUAUAAUGAAUAUUGAUCUGUACCUUGUGCCAUACAUAAUGCUAUUUGUACACUAAGCUUAAUUGAAUUCUCAUAAUCACCAAUGAUUUAAUAUUAACUAUAUGCGAAACAAGUUCUUUUACAAAGAUGCUAUAGUCACUGCCCGUAGUAUAUCCAAGAUACGAAAAUUAAGAGCUCGAAUUUAAUUAAAAUAUAUAUGACAUUAGGCACUUACUUGAAGCACCUUAAUUUUACAUCGAUUACCAAAUGUAUUAAAUAUUAUCAUACGAAUGAAGAACUUUUAUUUUAAGAAUGGCAAUAAUGUCAGAACCGCUGUGUAAUUUAUAACUUUGUUGAAGUCAAUACAUAUAUACAUUUCAUGCCUUUCUUUCUUUCAUAGUUAAAAAAUAUACAAUAUGUAGAAACAUUAUAUACUUUUGUAAUUAUUUUAGAUGUGCAUUAAAAUUUAAUACAAAGUAUUAUGAAUUUAAAGCGUUUUAUAGGAAUGUUAUUUGAACAAAAUUUUCAGAAACUUUCAUUUAGCAUUUAUAAAUACAAUUCUCUUUUAUUAUAAAAUAGUAUCAUUCCUUAGUUUUUAUUUGAAGUCCUCCAUGUUAUGUCCUUUAACUAACAUCAAUUGAAAAAUCUUGAUAUUUUAUGGUUAUAAACAAUAAUGAUUAAAAAAAAAAAAUUGCAUUUUAAAGUUAUAAUUAAUGCUAGAAUAAAGAUAAGACGGUAAAACUUUCUUUACCUUGGGUGAUGUAAUAAUAACAUUAAUAUGAAAAAAGGCAGUAUAUUUAAUUUAUGUUACGUAAAACACAUUUUCCCGUUUGUUGUAAAACUAUAAAAAUGCGAUUUAUGGAUUUUCAGCAGUUUUCAGAAAAAUUAUUUGAUACGUACGUUGACGUAAAAUAUUUGUUUCUUAAUUUAGUAAUAGUUUCUACUAGUUUAACAAUCUAAAUGUAAAGGUUUCUGGCAUUGUUCCAUAAAUUUUAUAUUGGAAGAACCUAGAGAAAUUGUUUAAGGAAAUCUAAUGACAAUGCUUUUUCUAAAGCGGUAUUUGCUAUAAAAAGGAAAAGUUUAGCGGAAUUUAUAAUAUCUAUACAAUCAUUGCACACAAACUUGUAUAGCGAAUUUCUGGAACGAAAUAUCCUAUUCUACAUAUCUCCAUUUCUGGAAUGAUAUAUCUUAUCCUAUAUAUACAGCAGCAUGAAAUCUAAAUAUAGUAAUUAUAUUCAAUGCAGUAAAUUAUUGUCCAAAAUAUCUCUGAUGUAUUAUUGUAUGCAUAGAGUACAGAAGUAUUUACAUUGAAGGAAUUUAUAUUAGGAAUCAUAUAAUUUUCGAGUAGCAAACUAUCUUAUUUAGAAUGCUUAAAAUAAAUAAAACCAUUCUUUAUACUUAUUUUUUCAAUUAUAUCUGCUGGCACUUCAUUCUUUUCUGGAUAAGAUUAUUAAUGUCAUAAAGAAAAUUGUUUUAUCAUAAUUAUUGCCAUUAUUAUGUUUUACAUUCUUCUGAACUUUGUAUAUGUAGCUAAUAUUUCCUAGAGCAUAUUUAGAAAGUGUUUGUCGAUGAAGUUAUAUUCAAAUUCAACUUAAUGUCAGCAUGGAACUGCAGUGAUGUUAUUUAGUAUUACAUGUAAUUUAAUGUUAGUUUCUAAAAUGAAUCAUUCUUUAUUACAACCGAGUGACUGCCAAUCACAGACUAUAACUAAAUGCUAUUUCAGUACUCUCAUCCGAACAAACGCAACUGUUUUAAUGAUUUUUUCAAAUUCAUGACAAUAAAAUAUUAAUUGUUAUUGUUUACUAGUAUAACAUCAUAUGUUUACGAUACAUUUUUUUUUUAAUAAUAAUUUUAAUUUAUUCUCGAUCUUUAUAAGAAUAUAUCAGGCUUUAUAUCCAAAGUAGUUUAAGCAGCAUAAGUAUUAAUAUUACACUGUUAUAAAUAUUUCUACUUCUACUGAUACUUUUAAUAUCAAGCAUUAUUUUAUGCUGCUCAUACUAUCUGAUUUGAACAAAUUAAUUAUAAUUGACAUACUAUAAUUGCUACAUAUAAAAGCAAAGUUUCUGAUCGCUAAUAUCAUGAAAAAUGAUGUGCACUUUUACCAAAUCUACUAAAUUUAAUGUACGUUACUGUUUUCACAUUCCAGGCCUCUUGAUACUAUUAUUUUCUAGUCUGAGAAUAUAUUUACACCAAAGACAGUCCGUAAAAACAUGUUGCGAUUUAAAAUAGUAUAGGUAACAUGAAUACAUUGCUCAAGAUUGAUGAAAUUUAACUAUGCUAUUCUUAAUAAAGUGCUUGUACAGUUAUUAACGAAAACAUGUAAUAUCUUUUCAACAUAUUUGCAAAUCAAAUUGUAUGUUAUCAUGAAAAUGAAAGAAUUUAUUAAAAAUUUUGGUAGAGGUGAACAUUCUCUGUUAAUCCUUAUAUGUACUCGUAGUUAUAACAUCUCUGAAUGUGUCCAUAGCAAAGUAUAAUUUUCUAGCGUAAUACAUCAUCAGAUAUAAUCAUUAUUUUUAUAGGUAUAAAUAACUAGACGUUUAUGAAUAUGUAUCUGGUUGUUAUAUCGAUCUUUGAAAAUACUUCAUUUGCAGCUUAACACGAGACAUGUUUAGAUGGUACAAAUGUUAUGAUAUUAAGCAAAGUUACACAGUUUUAAUUGAUUCAUUAAAACUGGGGAUAAUUUUAUAACAUAUUAUAAUCGUUAGAGAAGCACUAAGUUCUCGAUGUUGUCAUUGUCUUAAAUCGUUAUUAUUGACAUAAUGAUGUACUAUCAUGUAGCUGUAUCAGUUUAUAGCGAAGAAAAAGAAAACGUAGAAAAAUAUGCUAAUAUGGUAUAUAUUGUAUCAAUUAAAUAAUAGUAAUACAUCGUAUAUACUGAUAUUUAUAGUAAAUAUUUCUUUGAAUUCAACAUAGUUACUAAUAUUAUACAUUUACAUUCUUUAUUCAUUCCUUUGCACGGUACGAUUGAAUUCUAAGGCAAUAAUGAAUGUGAUUUUGUGAAAAUCAAUCCGCAGUAGAGAAAUAUAUACAUAGUUCAGUUAUAACGAGUUAUUUUUUCUUCUUUUUUCUUUUUUUUUUUUUAUAAACUUUUUUCCUCUGUUCUUGAAACUUGCUCGAAAUAUUGAUGAAUAAAAUGUAUCAAAAUGGUACCCUAUCAAUUCUUUAACGCACUAUCAAUAGUAUUAGUAAUACAUACAUGAAUUGUUUUAAAGUAUGGUAGUUAUAAAGUAUAUUUAGUAUGUAGAAUAAUGUUGCAUCGAUAGCAUGGCCUCUUCUAGAAUAUGUAUUUAUGAAUACUUUUAAUAGAGCAUUAUAUAGAUUUUAAAUUUAAGAGAUGUUCACACUCACUUUCAAAGAGAUUUUCUGCGUAAUGCAUUGUGAAGCUACUAUUUUCAUGUAAACAUGAGUAAUUUUCAAUCUACUGCAACGUGUACACUAAAUAUUGAUGCAUAAAAUAAGUAAGAUAAAUUAAAAAAUAUGUAAAAGAAAAAAAAAAAAAAAAAAGGAAAAUAAGAAAAUGAUAUACUUUCUAAAGUAUGAGCCCAAGGCAUCCAUGAUAAUUUAUAUGUAACUUUUCAUUAGGUAGAUAUGUAUUAAAGACUGUUGAAUGAACUGUACAUGAAAAUUUUUAUGUAAAAAUCAAAGAAAUAAAAGGCAAUGAUUAAUUUAAAUCAA